AUGGUUUCACUUAACGAAGAUGGCAAAGCGUAUCACCAAAAUGUGGAGUCACACCAGCAGGUCUUCUUCGUGUAUGAUCCUUUAGUCUGUACAAAGGUGAAGGACGAAGAUGCCUCCAGCGGUGUCCGAGCAUUUGGGUGCACCCGAGACAGUCCACACAGAUGCGCGCUUUUGCUAGGUGCGCGAUAUUGGGUAGUACAUCGAGAAAAGUGCGACAGAGUUCAACGAGUCGACAUAGGAAUUGGGACAGCAGCUCCAGUUCGUGCAGUGCGUGGAUCAGGGGGCUCUCCAGAUUCGCCUGUCGAGCACUUUUUUUCGUUUUUCAGGCGAGAUGUCGACCAGACGACACCGGCGAAGUACAUCUGA